AUGGUCGGCAGAAGUCACGAGUUAUUUAUGCGAUACGACAAGCUCAUUAAUCCGGCCGCGUGUCUGGAAAUGUUCAAGAGGCUAAUGGAGCCGGCGCGGAACGCGCCGACCGGAAGGACUCUACGCGCCGUGGUGUUGCACGGGCCUCGCAACCUCAAAUUGGAGUACAUCCCCGAGCUGGCGGUCCUGCCGACACAGGUGCGCGUGGACGUGCGUUUCUGCGGACUGACCGCGAGCGACGUGCUCCUGUGGAGCGGUGAGCACCGCAGGCUCCCGGAGCCGGGUAUGGUCCUUGGCUUCGAGGUGUCCGGCGCGAUCUUGGAAAUGGGCGGACUAGCACACGAGCGGACAGGCUACCAGGUGGGCGAGGAAGUCGUCGUGCACAAUUAUCCCAUCUGCGGCGGCCUCGCGGAGAGCUGCCUUGCGCAUUACGAAGACGUGUUUAGGUUGGCGAGACGAGUGUCGCUGAAGGAUGCGGUGGCCUUCGCCGAUGAUUAUUUCUCGGCGCUGUUGGCGAUAGGACGUCGAGCUCGUAUCCGGAGCGGUGAGUGCCUUCUCGUUAACGCGAGGCACUCGCCCUCCGCGUUGGCCGCCAUCGAUCUCGCCGUUCACGUGUUCGGGGCGAAGCCGAUCGCAGUAUGCAGCGACGCGAGACAAGCUGAAUUGUGCAGCGAUCUCGGCGCCAUGGUCGUGUUUGAGGACGAGGACGAACGGUGCUUGCUGAGAAAAAUAAACGGAGGGCGAGGAGUGCGCGUCCUGAUCGAGACCGAAGGCGGCCAUAUUUCCGGGCCAUAUUUCCGGGAGAUCGCGAAGAGCCUGGAGCACGACGGUCUAGUUGCUUUCCUCGGUUACGCUCGGGACAAACGGCGCUCCGAUUUGAACCUCGCGUUGUCCAACUACACGGUAUUCGCGGUCGCUGCGGAGCACUACAAACUUGCCGACCCAUUGGUCUACAGGGAGACCAUGCAGCAGCUGUUGGACUACCGAGCGGCACGCACGAUUCAUCCUCGAGCGUCAGCGAUCUUCGGCCUCCAUCGCGUCGAUGAGGCGUUCGAUCACUACAUGGUCGAGUCGGGUAGAAAAGUGCUGGUGGACGUGAAGAACUGCGAUCGACUAACUCUCUGUGACAAGUUCUGACCGAAUUCUGCGAGGAACCUCCGCCGAUUUUAACGAGUUUCUUAGGGAAUCCAGGAAUAAGAUGCAAGGAAAUAAGAUGUAUUUCUUUAUAAAUGCAUGC